GCCCGCGAUGGUGGCGCCGCGGCGGCUGCUCCGCGGCAGCGGGCGGGUGCUGGCGGCCGUGUUCGCCGCCUCGGUGCUGUGGCUGCUGCUCGACAUGGCCGCUCUGCGCCUCUCCCUCGGCGAGGCCCCCGCACGGCACCGGCGCGGCCCCGGGGCGGCGGCGAUGGGCGGCAGCGACCGCCCGCUCCGCGCUGCCUCCGCGCCGGGACCCCCCGGGGGAUGGGGGCAGCGCACCGGGGGGGCGCCGGGACCCCCUGAGGGAUGGGGGCAGCGCACCGGGGGGGCGCCGGGACCCCCUGAGGGAUGGGGGCAGCGCACCGGGGGGGCGCCGGGAGCCGCGGGGCGCGGGGGGCAGAGGGUCGGUGAAGAACCGGAGCCCCGCACCGGCCCGGAGCAGCGGGUCGGGGCCGCUCCGGGAGCCGUUACGGGGCGAGGGUACCGCGCUGGGACCGCACCGGCAGCCGCGGAGGACCGGGAGCCCCGGGCUAGGGGCGCACCGGGAGCCGCGGGGGAACAGGGGCAGCGGCUCGAGGGGGCACCGGGAGUCCCUGAGGAGCGGGGACACCCGGCUGGGACAGCACCGGGAGCCCCUGAGCGAUGGGGACUCCGGUUUGGGGAGGCACCGGGAGCCCCUGAGGACCAGCGGCACCGGGCUGGGGCGGCACCGGGAGCCGCUGCGCGAUUGGGACAGCGGUUCGGAACCAAAACGGAGUCCCGCACCGAGCAGGGGCAGUUCGAGGGGGCACCGGGAGCAGCUGAGGACCGGGAGCACCGGGCUGGGGGGGCACCGGGACCCCCUAAGGCAUGGGGACAGCGGGUCAGAGGGGCUCCGGGAGCCGCGGGGGACAGCGGGCGGCAGGGACACCGGGCUGGGACGGCACCGGGAGCCGCCGAGAGAUGGGGGCAGCGGCUCGGGGGGGAUCCAGGAGGCGCCGGGGACCGGGAGCACCGGGAUACGACCGCACCGGGAGGCGCGGGGGACGUGGGACAGAGGUUCGGUGAAGAACGGGAGCGCCGGGCUGGGAUCGCACCGGGAGACCCUGAGGGAUGGGGGCAGCGGUUUGUGGGGACACCGGGAGGCGCUGGGGAGCGGGGACACUGGGAUGGGAUCGCACCGGGCCCCCCUGAGAACCAGGAGCACCAGGCUGGGGGUGCACCGGGAGCCAAUGAGGGAUGGGAACAGCGGCUCGGGACCAAAACGGAGUCCCGCACCGACCAGGGGCAGCUCGGGGGGGCACCGGGAGCCGCUGAGGACCGGGGGCACCGGGCUGGGGCCGCCCCGGGGGUCGGUGCGGGGAGGGAGGCAGCGCCCGCAGCCCCGCGGGGAGCGGAGCCCGCCGGGAACGCAGCCGGGAUGCGGGAGGCAUCGCCAUCCCGGUCCGGUGCCCCUGCCCCAUCGGUUCCCGGGGCUGCAGCCCCCGGUCCCGGCAAUGGACCCUCCCGGGGAGCGCGGCUGGGAGCCCGGGAAAGAAACGGGACAAGAGGACAAGCUCCCUCCAAAGAUGACUUCGUCCUCAUUAGCAAAGAGCGGGGGGAGCCUGCCCGCGCGGCCGUCCCGCAUCCCGGGUCCCGCUCGGAGAGCCGAGAGCCGCCGCUCGGCGAGGGCGCCCGCAACGCCCACAGCAUCGCUGGGGCGGCGGCGCAGGGCUCCCGGGCUGCAACCCCGGGAGCUGCUCCCAGGGCACCCAUCCCGGGCGAGGGCGGACGGGAGCCAGCGGGGAGUAUCCCGGGGAUGCACAGGGUCUCGUCCGUGGACGCAACGCUUGCCCCAAGGGACCCCCGAGCUCCCGGCCAGUUCGGGCACGCGGCUGCGGUGCCUGAUGGUAAACAAGAAGAGGCGAAAAGUAGAUGGAAAGAAGGAAACUUUAAUGUCUACCUCAGCGAUUUGAUCCCCGUGGACCGAGCCAUAGCGGACACCAGGCCUGCCGGGUGCUCGGAGCAGCGGGUUCACGAUGACCUCCCAACCACCACCAUCAUCAUGUGCUUUGUGGAUGAGGUGUGGUCCACCCUCCUGCGCUCCGUUCACAGCGUCCUCAGCAGAUCUCCUCCACACCUGAUUGAAGAAGUCAUUUUGGUGGACGACUUCAGCACCAAAGAAUACCUCAAAGAGGAGCUGGACAAAUACAUGUCGCGCUUCCCAAAAGUGAAGAUCCUCCAUCUCAAGGAGAGGCACGGUCUAAUACGGGCCAGGCUGGCAGGAGCAGAGGUCGCCAAAGGCACUGUCCUGACGUUCCUGGACUCGCACGUGGAGUGCAAUGUGGGGUGGCUGGAGCCGCUGCUCGAGAGAGUCCGCCUGAACCGGACCAAGGUCGCCUGCCCCGUCAUCGAGGUCAUCAGUGACAAGGACAUGAGUUACAUGACCGUGGACAACUUUCAGCGUGGGAUUUUCACUUGGCCAAUGAAUUUUGGAUGGAAGCAGAUCCCUCAGGAGGUCAUCGAGAAAAAUAACAUCAAGGAAACUGAUAUAAUAAGGUGCCCAGUCAUGGCAGGUGGCCUCUUUUCCAUUGAUAAGAAGUACUUUUUUGAGCUCGGAACAUAUGACCCAGGAUUGGAUGUUUGGGGAGGUGAAAAUCUAGAGAUUUCAUUCAAGGUCUGGAUGUGUGGAGGAGAGAUUGAGAUUGUUCCGUGCUCCAGAGUGGGGCACAUUUUCAGGAACGACAAUCCUUAUUCUUUCCCCAAAGAUCGUGUGAGAACAGUGGAGAGGAACUUGGCCCGUGUGGCAGAGGUCUGGCUGGAUGAGUACAAGGAGUUAUUCUAUGGCCACGCGUACCACUUGAUCUUGAAAAACCUGGAUGUUGGCGAUUUGACCCAACAAAUCCAGCUGCGAAAGAAGCUUCAGUGUAGAAGUUUCCAGUGGUACCUGGAGAACGUCUACCCAGACCUGGAAGCUCCCCUGGUUAAAGCCAGUGGGCUGCUCAUUAAUACAGCCACGGCAAGAUGUGUCACCGUGGAAAACACCACCCUAGCUUUUGAGGCGUGUGAUGUCCACAGCAAGAACCAGAAGUUCAACUACACCUGGCUGAGGCUGAUCCAACACGGAGAGCUCUGCCUGGCCCCGGCCGGCACUGUGGGAGCGCUGGGGCUGCAGCGCUGCCAGGGCAGGAACCGCAGCCUGACGUGGCUGCACCGAUCGCUGGCCGCCUUCCAGCCAGAGCUGACGGACCACAUCAUCUCAGAGCACCUCCAGCAGCCUGCGUGCUUGGAAGUGGAUCCCUCUCACAAAGCCCUGAGGGUAAAUGCCUGUGACUCCACAAAUCCUUAUCAGAAGUGGCAGUUUGGCAAUUACUAUGCAGACUGAAGGGAACAUAGCGGAACCAGAAGUGCAGUGUUUUCGUCUUGUGAAUUCCGCAAGGACAGCUGUGUGGUGACAGCGACUGCAGAACUGGAAGUUCGUUUCCAAAUGCUAAUUGAAAUCCCUAAGUUAAACCAGCAUAUUGAGAGGUCAGAACACCGGGAGCAGCACAUCUGGUCUGGUGAUGUCUGAAACAGCUGUGGUUUUCCUUCACUGUGAGAGACUUUGGCAAAAACUCAAUUUUCUGUAUUAUUAAAUGGAAAUAUUUUCUCAUGUUCCCUGUCCUAGUCUAAGCCAACCUUCCUCGAUUCCCCCCUGACAGCAGUAUAAGCUACAGAAAUACUCCCUGGGCUCUGUAAAAAGCAGAUAAGGCUGCAUAUUCUCCCACAGCCUGGGAAAUGGAAGUUUAUUGACCACAUAUUACCAAAAUCCAUCCGCCGUGUGCAUGCU